UUGUUAGAGAUUUAAAGUUGCACAAUUCUCUCUCACGAUUUGUUUUCAAAUUUGAAGAGGUUUUUGUGUUUAACGAUGCCGCAAGAAAUGAAUAUUUUGUGUUGUUAUUCUUGCAAAAUGUAUCAAGUGCAUAUAGUUAAAAAAGCACCCAAAUGGAACUGCAAGGUGUGCAAUGCAAAGCAAUCCGUAAAGCAAAUAUAUUUUCAAGGAUCUGGACGAGAUUGUCGUCUUCAGGUUCAACAAUUGAAUGCUAUGAAAGCAAAUGAUACAUUUUUUACACCUUCUGGACCAGAUGACGGUGCUUGUGAUACAUUUGCAAACAUUUCUGGAGAAUCUGACUGUGACAGCGCUGGUGAGAAUAAAUGGACAACAUGUAUUAGAUCGUCAGAGAUAGAAGGUUUCGAAGAUGUGGAAGAUUUGGUGUUCAAUAAUGCAGCCAUCAAUGUAACAUCAAAUGUUGAUUCUGAAAGUGAGGAUGUUGACAAUGAGACAGAGGGAUUACGUACCACAAACUUUAACCAUAACUCCAAUAUUGAUGAUAAAUGCAAUAUGCAGGAUAAUACAAAACCUAACGAGGAUUACAACAACGUUGCUAACAUUUUUGAAACUUGCAGUGAAUUAGAUGAUCCACUUGAUUUUUAAGUUUCUUGAAUGAUUCAUAAAUUUGUUAUCCUCCAUAUAAUAUUUAACGAAAGGAUGAUAGGAAGCUAUGCUGUGCUUUAAUUAAUAUAAAUUUGUUAAUUUUCUGAAAAGUAACAUUUUAUUACAGAAUUUAAUGCAUACAAAAUACAAAAAAAUAUUUGUCGAA